UGAUUAUCUCUUGCUCCGCAACGACGCUGCUGCUCAGUACUUAUUGAUACAGAGCUCACAUGUCGAUGGCGCAAUGCCUGAUAAUGCCUCUGCAUCGGUAAUUCCUGCGCAACUCUCCUUCCUCACCAUCUACAACCCCCGCCUCGGACCGACAGACGAAACAAUACAGGAUCAAAUCGUUUUCUAUACAUCUAGGUCAGAUCGUUCAGCGCAGCGCGAUAGCCCAGUCCCUGAAGAGGGUGUCAAUAGCGAACCUAAUGGCGAUUUGAACGAUAAGUUGCGACAGAUAGGAUUGGCCCAGGGAAUAGUAGGCUUUGCCAGGAACUUCUCAGAGGGCAAGGCCGUAGAGUAUGUGGAAACAGAGAAGUCGCAGGUUAUCUUGCACGAGCUUGAGCAGGAUUGGUGGAUCUUAGCAGUGGGUGGCCUGUGUCGCCAUUCUGUUGAGCUGACUCGACUGCCAAUUGAUCCGGCUACUAUCUCCCAAAACGAUGGUUCAGCCACACCUAGAUUCACAUACUCUUCAAGGGAGAUGUGCCCCCCACAGCUCUUGAUACAACAAAUGCGCCGGGCACACUCCAUCUUUCUUUUACACCACCAGUUUACGCUCGACGCCCUCUACGAUCAUGUUGGCAGGUCCAAAUUCUGUACGCUCCUCGACAGCUUCUGGUGGCGAUUCGCCUGGAUCUGGGAAAUGCUUCUAAGUGGGAGUCCAGUGGUCGAUAUGUAUGAUGGUAUCAAGCUCUCUGCUGGAGGUGAGCUUGGGGUUGGCGUUGGCGAGGAAGAAUGGGGCAGCGGGGAGAGAGAGGUCUUGGAGGACUUUGUUUCUAGGACGGAUGGACUCGUAGAUAUGAUCGUCUCGCGAUUUGGAGACUCUUCUACAUCAUCGAAGGAGUCUGUCUCGGAAAACAGAGGGUCAACCUUCAAGAGCAAGAGUGAUAAUGCAGAUUCCUGGCUUGGUGCGGACGUUUCCCCCAAACCUUCGGAUGGAGUCAUAUUCUCUGGGGUUGGCGCUCUCUCAAGACCCUCAGUCGUGAGAGUCUCUCAGUGGGUGGAAUGGAUUUAUAGAUAUGGCGUUGACGCGUAUGCAGUGAGCGAAGACCCGGCUUGCCCUCGCCGGCGGAAAAGACGAAAGAAGCAUCGGGGAAGGCUUCCGGUUGGGAACGAGACUGACCGUCAAGCUGGAUCUGUUGUCAAACCUGUUGAUCAUGCAACUUUAGAUCGUUCCUUUUCUCCCGGCAUACCUCGUCCGCUCGUGGUAGGGACUUCAGACGUUUCACAGCCGCCAGCAGAGUCCGGUGCGAAAACAAGCUCUAUCACCAGCAGCAGUGGGAGCUCGUCAGUGCGGAGUGACCGGGCAAAUGACUGGACGAUGCCCGGCUCGGACACACUAAUGAAAUAUCUCACUCUCGGGUAUGGCUCGUCUUGGGGCCCAUCAUCUAGGACAGGGAGCCCGCAUCCUCGCAUCGAAGCAUUGAGGCGAGAGGACGACUCCACAAGCCCGAAUCACCAAGUGAAACCUUCUACCAACUCCGAAGAAUCAACUAAGGGGGAUACUGCCGAUAUCGAGGAUCAGAAUAAGCCGAAGAACUCUGGUCGAUUCCUCAUUGGGUUCCACAAUACAUCAAGCACCAACACCACGGACAGACUUCAGGGAGACAAUGAACCAUUGAACACGCUUACUGCGGAUUCGAGUCAUGUAAUUGACCAAAGAACAUUGCACGUCCGACUGACAGUCCCCUUCGAAGAGGCUAUUCCUCUAGACGAAACUCCAACUGGCUCGGUGAAGUUGCGAACAAUUGUCUUCGUACACCAACCAUUCAUAUACACGUUCCUCUACGAUCCUUCAACCCCCUCUCUAUCCCAGCCAUCCUUCUACCACGACCUUCGCAGCCAAAUGAGCAUCCUCCACAAACCGCUGUGCAACUCCACGUCCCCAGCUACUGCCGCGAAGCGAAUCGCCGUAUCCGACAGCGCGUUCGAGGUGAACAACCGAUUCACAACCCCAAGCCAACCGGUAUACAAUCUCGUGUACGAUCCUACCAACUUAACCAUCCGCUCCUCCAUCCCCAACAUCCCGGAAUUGGGAGCUCCGAGCACCACCGAACCUCAUCGCACGAUGCUCCCGCCCUGGACGCGGGUUGAGAGCCUCAACAUCCACCACCGACUUCUAAGCACAUACACGGAAACGCGCUCUCGGCCCCUGGAGGUCGAAAGAACCUGCAAGACCAGUCGCGGCUGGUGGAUUGUUUGGAUGCGGAUCACACCGGCCGAAACCAACAUCGGUAGUACUAACACUGGUGGUGAUGGUGGAGCUGGUGGAGGUGCCACGCAGCAGGAGGCUUUCCUUAUUCGGCGAUCAAGCGAUCAUGUUUCUUCAUCAGGACAUGUCCGCAGCGGUAGCGGCUCCAGAUUCUUUCGGGAUCUCGGAGGCGCCUCAUCACCAAGUCUGCAGGCGGCAAGGACCGAUACAGGGCCAGCGAAACUCGUCGAGGGACUGGGCCUCGAUGCCAGACGGUAUAUUGGAAAUCUAUUGAGUUUGAAUAGGUAG